AUUGAUUUCUUGCUGUAUCUCUUGCCUAACACAUUAUAAAGGACAAUAUGACAGAAGUUGGUCCAAAACCAAGAAGAAGCAGAUUUGGCGGUGCAAAGAGCACAAGUACUUCACAAAAUGAAAAGUCUACAGAAACAUCAGCUGUAGUCCGGACUAGAAAAUCUAGGGUUAUUUCAAGAUUAGUCAAUCAAAUCCCAGAUGAAAUAAUAAACAACGAGCAGUUGAAUGAAGCUAUGAAACUUCUACCGUCUAACUAUAAUUUUGAGAUACAUAAAACAGUUUUCAAUAUCAAACAGAGAAAUGCUAAAAGAGUUUGUCUUCAGAUGCCGGAAGGUUUGUUGAUUUAUGCACCGAUUAUUGCUGAUAUACUAGGUGAAUUUUGCUCAUGUGAAACAUUAAUCAUGGGAGAUGUCAGUUACGGCGCAUGUUGUAUUGAUGAUUAUACUGCUAGAGCUCUCGAUUGUGAUUUCAUUGUUCAUUAUGCGCAUUCAUGUUUGGUACCGAUAGAUGUGACACUUAUCAAAGUGUUGUACGUUUUCGUUACCAUUGCUAUUGAUGAAACACAUCUGAUUAAUACGAUAAGAUUGAAUUUUGAUCAGGGGGCAAGAAUAGCUAUGUUUGGAACCAUUCAGUUCAACCCCUCCAUUCAUAGUGUUCGUGCAAAACUUGCUGAUGGUUCAACCGACAAACUAAUAUAUUGCUAUACCCCUCAAAUCAAACCUCUCUCUAAAGGUGAAGUAUUAGGAUGCACCAGUGCAUAUUUAGAGCCGGAACAAUUUGAUGCAAUGAUAUAUGUUGGUGAUGGUCGAUUUCAUUUAGAAUCUGCAAUGAUUCACAAUCCAAAGAUACCAGCAUUCCGAUAUGACCCAUAUUCAAGAAAAUUUACAAGAGAAGGUUACGACAAGAAGCAGAUGGUUGAAGUUCGUCAAGAUGCUGUCAACGUUGCCAAAGAUGCCAAAAAAUUUGGUAUUAUCUUAGGAGCAUUAGGAAGACAGGGCAACAAUUCAACGGUGGAAAAGAUGGAACAAAAACUCAAAGAAAAUGGUAAAACAGUAGUUCGAAUAAUUUUGAGUGAAAUUUUUCCUCAAAAGGUAGCUAUGUUCGAUGAUAUUGAUGCAUUUGUGCAAGUUGCUUGUCCCCGAUUGAGUAUUGAUUGGGGGUAUGCUUUUAGCAAACCUUUACUCACUCCUUAUGAAGCUAUGGUGUUGAUGAAUGAGGAUAAGCAGUUUGAUGAGGACUUUUAUCCGAUGGAUUACUACGAGAGUAAAGGUUACGGGAGAGGUCAGAAACCAGAUCGUGGUCUCUAGCUAUCAUAGUUACACGAAGUCUAUAAAUCUAUGUAUCUAGUUGAAAUGCUGGUGCUCUUGAUAGUAUUCUUCUAUACCAAGCAAAGUGGCAAUGGUCAUUUCAUCCCACUGAAACACCUUUAUUUUGUUAUCAUCUCUAUCCCUGAGAUAUUGGUUGACAAUCAGACAAAGUUUUCUGUAAAACUUAAUGAAAUUCAUUGCCGAAUCAAAAAAAACUUUGUUAUAGAUUGAUGGGGACAUCAAACCAUUCAACUCAUUCUGAUUUAUAUAGCUCGAUAAGAAAACUUCCAUCUUUUGAUUUGCUGUUUGAAAGGUUUCAACACUAAAAAGCUUGUUUUCUAAUAUAGGCUCAUAAAAUGAAACAUCAAAAAAUUCAUCAUCUAAUUUGAAGAUCAUGUUAACCAAGUUGUAGAUAUCAAAUAAACCUGAACUCUUAAGUAAUCC